GAGAGGAGCAAGACAGAGGGGGUUUCUUAUAGGGCAACACAAGUUUACACAACCAGAACCUAGCUUGUUAUAAUUUAAAGUAUCCGAUUCUUCUCGCUGUGUUUGAUUUAUCCUCGAUUGGAAGAUGACCACAGCCGUGUUGUCGCCUUUCUUCGACUUUAGCGAAGUGAUCAGCAACAAGAACAAAAUGCUGAACUACAGUAACAACAUCCUCAGUACACCGCACCCUGUCUCUGUCCCUUGCACGGGGGCAAGUCUGCCCAUCUCCAACCCCACUGGGUGCCUGCUGGACAGGAAGGCUGUGGGGACACCCUCCACUGGGGUUUACCAGCGCCGGCACUCUGUCACUUUGGCUAGCACCAAACUCAACCAAAACCAGUUCUUGAACAUUGCUAAGGCAGAUCCUUCCCUGCUCGGCUCAGGGACAGGAACCACCGGCAGCAGCAACAAAGAGAACCGACUUCGAGACCGCUCUUUCUCCGAGACGGGGGAUCGCCUGCUACAGAAGUGUUCGGGCCCUGGAGGCCCCAACAGCCAGGUCAACUCGAGCCGUUACAAGACGGAGUUAUGCAGGCCAUUCGAGGAGAACGGUGCCUGCAAGUACGGUGACAAAUGCCAGUUUGCCCAUGGCAUUCAUGAGUUGCGCAGCCUCAGCCGCCAUCCCAAGUACAAGACGGAGCUCUGCCGCACAUUCCACACGAUCGGCUUCUGCCCCUACGGCCCGCGAUGCCACUUCAUCCACAAUGCAGAGGAGCGCCGCGGACCUCCUCCAACCCCAUCCCCCCUUUCGGCCUCCAACAAGAUGGACAGGCCACGGCUGCAACACAGCUACAGCUUUGCGGGGUUCCCCAGCUCUGGAGGCUUGAGGGACAGUCCCACCUCUGUCACCCCUCCACCUAUAUUUCCGCCUGACGAUCUCCCCGACUGGCCUAGCAGCAACCCGUUCACGUAUUCCAGCCAGGAGCUGGCCAACCUCUUCAGCCCCAGCCUGGGAAGUGCACCUUUGUCCUGCUCCGACCCUUCCACCCAGGCGCCAUCUUCCCCAACGCCAACCCCUUACUACUUCAGGGCCAUGUCAGAGUCUCCCCAACUCUAUGAGUCUCCAUCCAGUCAGCCAGAUUCGCUUUCUGACCAAGAGGGCUACCAGAGCAGCUCGAGCGGAAGUCUGAGUGGCUCUGAAUCUCCCGUCCUUGACACCACCCGCCGACUGCCCAUCUUCAGCAGGCUUUCCAUCUCUGAUGACUAAAGCACACUGAGCCGGACCCCAUCCCCCUUUCUACUGCAUGCAGCAGUCUUGGGCAGAGAGGAUGAGACGCUAGCACUCCCUCUACCUCUCGCCAUUUCUCCGGCCCCCUAGAAGCCGUAGACUUCCCUCCUUGUAUCACCUCUACUCUGAAACCGAUGCAGUGAAUUAAGGGAUCUUUCUCUUUUUGAGUACUCUUUUUAACCAGAACAAGCUAAAACUCUCCCAGCCUCAAGACCCUUCUGUUUUCCGGGCCUCAUCUCGCAGAGCCCAUUGCUAUGUUCUUGGUGUGACUGUGCCAAACACGCAGAGUAGGAAGUGGAUUAGCGAAAUGCUAAUCGUGAGAGGUAUGAGACUGUUGUGCCAGGUGCCACAGCUGCAGUCAAGUGUAGCGAAGCCUGUGGCAUGGUUAAGGGUGAGAUCUGCGCCCUUCCCCCCUCACAAAUUGCCACUCUUCUCAAGGACACUCUUUCAUAACUACCUAAAGUUCACAAGUGUCAUGCUUAGACCUUUCACAACUGUCUUUGUAGACCGGUUUAAAGCGAAAAGAAUAUGAAAAAAAGACAAGUGCCUGGGGUUAAGUGUUGGGGUGAAUGGACCACUGUUUCUUUUAUCUUUAAUAUAUAUUUUUUUCGUUCCUUGUGGCCUAAUUAUGUAGCUCUUGUUUUGAGUGUGUGCUCUCCCUCCCUUGAAGUUGCAGAUUACACCAGUCUGCUGGAAGGACUUCUCUCAUAAGGGUUGAAUGAGAAUGGAGCUCUGGAAUAUUUCAGGCACAUUCAAAUGUUCAAUCAGGUGCUAUGUGCUCCAUGUCUCGCUUACAGCCAGCCUGAGAUGUCUCCACUCAAAAAUGAACAAUUCCUUACGAUUUUUGUUGUUGUUGUUAGUGCCCCUUUUUCCCCAUUAGUUGAUGGUUACUUAACGUUUGUUGGGAAGGGAAUCUUGUUAUUAAACCUUAAAGACAAACUCUUUCUUCUGUCCCACCUCAAAAUGCCGCCUUCCCUCAGUCCAAUCGGCAAACAGAGGGGGAAUUCCAUCAUUCCCAAGGUGCAGUUCAACCUCCUGCAGCUUCACUUUAGUUCUUCAUGCACGUUUUUUUUCUCUCUCCAUAGAUUCUGCUCAGAGGAGCACUUUGUAAUUUUGUCAUCUUUCCACAUCUUGGUUUUGAUUUUUAUUAUGGUCAUUGUUUAUUAUUAUUAUUAUGGUUAUAUUAUUGUUAUUGUUUGAAAACCUUUCAGAACAGAAGGUUUUGCUUGUCACUGCUUAUUUAACUUAUCAAAAACAUAUUUAUUGGUGAUCAUAUGCAUUUUUUGUUAAUUUUGUUUGUAUUUAUCUUGAUAAUGAAACGAUAGAAUAUAUUUUCUUUUAUGUUAAAUUAUGAUCUUCUGUAUUAAUCUUAAGAUUGUGAAGACUUGUCAGCUUUCUUUUUUCACAGUUUAAUAUAUUGUACUACAAUGACUUUUGUUGGCAACUACACUUAAAUGAAACUUAAUUUAAAGCAAAAAAGCAAAAGCAAAAAAAAAAUCCUCUGCAUUUUGAUUUAUUUAUUGUCAUUCCCUUUUCCAAAACAUUUGACUGCAAAAUCAGUACUACCACACAAUCAUUCCUAG